AUGGCGGAGCCAAUUGCUAUUUGUGGGAUGGCCCUGCGCUUGCCGGCUGGCGUCAGCACGCCCUCCCAGUUCUGGGAGUUCCUGGUCAACAAGAGAGACGCCCAGGGUCCCAUACCCGGGACCCGCUACAGUGCGGCCAAGUAUUUUUCCAAGGCUGGCAAGGCUGGCUUCGUGAAAGCGGAGCGUGGCUACUUUCUGGACGAGUCGGUCGAUCUGGGUGGUCUUGACACAACCCUGUUCACUAUGCCAAAAAACGAGGUCGAGCGUGCUGAUCCUCAACAGCGCAUCCUUCUCGAACUCACAAGAGAGUGUCUCGAGAGUGCUGGCGAGGUCAAUUAUCGCGGCAAGCAGAUUGGAACAUUCGUAGGCUCCUUUGGGGAGGACUGGUCCUCCUUGUUCGCCAAAGACGAUCAAGUCCCAGCCGUGUACAAAGUCACUGGAUAUGGAGAUUUUGUCCUGUCUAACCGCUUGGCGUAUGAGUACGACUUGCGGGGCCCCAGCAUGACCAUCCGGACGGGAUGCUCUUCAGCGUUGAUUGGCCUGCACCAAGCCUGUUUAGCCAUCCGGGCAGGCGACUGCGACUCCGCCAUUGUAGGAGGAUCCAAUCUGCUGCUAGCCCCAGGCCUCACCAGCGACCUAUCGGAGCAGAUGGUCCUCUCCCCCACUGGUUCAUGCAAGACAUUUGAUGCCGACGCCGAUGGGUAUGCCCGCGGCGAGGCUGUCAAUGUCAUCUACGUCAAGCGGCUUACUGAAGCUAUCCGUGAUGGCAACCCAGUCCGCGCGGUUAUUCGCGGCACCUACUCCAACUCUGACGGCAAGAAGUCUGGGUUGACCAUGCCCAGCUUUGAAGGCCAUGCAGCCUUGAUUCGGAAGACAUAUCAGGUUGCCGGCAUUGCCGACCCUGCUGCCACACCCUUCGUGGAAUGCCACGGAACCGGCACGUCGGUGGGUGACCCAAUCGAGACAAGGGCUGUGGCGCAAGUAUUUGGCGACCGCGGAGUCUACAUUGGCUCAGUGAAGCCAAAUGUCGGGCACUCAGAAGGAGCGUCAGGCUUGACCUCACUUAUCAAGGUGGUGCUGGCACUAGAACACCGAUCCAUUCCGCCCAACAUCAAGUUCAACAACCUUAAUCCAAAGAUUCCCUUCAAGGAGAAGAAGCUCGUAGUGCCGACCGAACUGACCCCAUGGCCAGAAGAUCGCGUGGAGCGUGCAUCCGUCAACUCAUUUGGCAUUGGAGGCGCUAACACGCACGUGGUCAUCGACUCCGCCCAGUCGUUCCUCGGUUGCAAGUCUGUCGCGCCCAUGGUCAACAGUGGAGUACAGCAUACCGCUGCUGAUCCCCACCUCGUCGUCCUCUCCGCCAACACGUCAGACUCGCUGCGCCGGCAGAUAGAGAAUCAUCGAAGGUAUCUUGAGGACAACACACACCUGUUGCCUGAGAUUGCCUACAUCCUUUCUGCUCGCCGUGACCACCUGCCUUACCGCACCUUUGCCGUCGUUGGACAAUCUGCGGAAAUCAACACAUCUCCCACUAUCAAGGUUACCAACACAAUUCUUCCUCGUCUCGCUUUCGUCUUCACGGGCCAGGGUGCCCAGUGGGCGCAAAUGGGCUCGGAGCUGCUCACGUCCAGCAGCAUCCCAGCCUUUGCCAAGACUAUACGUCGCUUGGACGCGACUCUCAGUCGAUUGCAGGACGGUCCAUCCUGGUCCAUUGCGGACGAGUUGACCAAGACCAAAGGGGAGAGCAAUGUCAGUCAGGCGGCGUACUCACAGCCUCUAUGCACAGCAGUGCAAAUUGCACUGGUUGACGUACUGACUGAGUACGGUAUACGAGCACAUGCCGUUGUUGGCCACUCAUCUGGUGAGCUGGCUGCAGCAUACGCCGCAGGGAAGCUGACAGGCGAAGAAGCAAUCAUUGCUGCUUAUUACAGAGGUGUUGUAUCAAAGCAUGCGAAGCGGUCAGGUGCCAUGGCGGCGCUGGGCAUGUCGUGGGAAGACGUCAAGCCGCUUCUCUUGCACGGAGUCGUGGUGGCGUGUGAAAACUCCCCGGCAAAUGUAACCAUCUCAGGUGACAGAGAACAGCUAGCGAGCGUGUUGGCGGCGGUCAAGGAACGCGAUGCGUCGACCUUUGCCAGGGAACUUAAGGUCGACAAGGCCUAUCACUUACAUCACAUGGAAGAGGUCGGCGAGCUUUACGAGUCGCUGCUCGUUCCUCAUCUCAAGGGGGACAGCGAUUCCGCAUUAAAACCCACAGAGGGCACUUCUCGAGAUACCGCCCCACCCAGCAUGUUCUCCAGUGUUACGGGACAGCAGCUCCUCAAGAUGCACAGCACAGGUAGCCGAUAUUGGCGUUCCAACCUCGAGUCUCCAGUGCUAUUCCGCAAGGCGGUCGGCAGCCUUGUCGAACAUCAUGCGAACGGCCCAGGACAGGGAGUGCCCUUAGUCUUCCUCGAGCUUGGCCCACAUUCGGCCCUCGCUGGUCCGCUACGGCAGACACUAGCUGAGCGAGAAAUGAAUGCUCCUUAUUCCAGCUGUCUGAUCCGCGACAAGAAUGCUGUCAAAACUCUCCUGGCAGCCUUAGGCCAGUUGUGGCAACAGAACGUGAGCAUCGACUUCGGUAGACUGACGAACCCCCACGGGAUGCGUGAUGUCGCCACAGAUCUGCCGACGUAUCCAUGGCAGCAUGACCACUCACUGCUGUUUGAGACCCGACUGCAAAAGCUGUGGAGGUCACCCCGCGCGAGAAAGCACGAGAUUCUGGGCGUCCGCGUAAUCGAAAGCACAGACAACGAGCCGCUCUGGCGCAACGUCUUGCACCUUGCAGCAGUUCCUUGGCUACGCGACCACAAUGUAAAGGGAGACAUUGUUUUCCCCUGCGCGGGCUAUGUCGGCAUGAUUGGAGAGGCGAUACGCCAGCUUACCGCAAUCACGGAUGGCGGUAAUGACGCUGAAACCCCCUUCACCGGUUUUAGUAUCCGCGGCAUGGUAAUCGAUACGGCCAUGCUGUUGUCUGAGUCUAGGUCUACGGAGGUAUUGACCAGUCUCACGCGCCACCGACUUACCGAUAGCCUAGAGAGCGAUCGGUGGGACUUUGUUGUCAGCUCGCACAAUGGUGCCGUGUGGACCAAGCACUGCGCAGGACAGGUCUGCUCUAUGUCGCCGCUGCCCACGGCAGAAGAAGCCGCGACGGUCGAAAAGUGCCUCAACUCCAAGUUUCCACGCCAUGUAGAGGCUUCCAAAUGGUACAAGGUCAUGCGCGAGGUUGGCGGAAACUACGGGCCAACCUUCCAAGGACUUGACAACAUCACCUGUUCCACCACAGGGAAUGAGGCCUCAGCAACGGCGAAGCAUACUGUCCAAGACGCGGAAGAAUUCUACGCAGUUCAUCCUACCAAGAUCGACUUUUUUCUUCAGUUGCUAGCUGCGGCUGCCAUCCAGGGCGUAGGCCACCGAAUGCGAACGAUGGCCGUGCCUACCUAUAUCGCGCAGCUGGACGUGCAUGUGGCAGAGUCUGAGCUCACAUUAUCUGUUAGCGCCACUGCCAGCGCCAGUGGAGUGAUCACAGGGGGUGGCACGGGCUGCAGUCGUGAUCUUGUGGACGGGAAGAGCCACCUGGUGCUGAACGUCUGUGGCGUGAAGAUAAGCCCGCUCCAUGGCGACAUUUCCGACGACAACCCGGACCCGCACGCUGGCGCGAGGAUGCAUUGGCGCGAGGACAUUGAUUUUGCGGACAUGCCUUCCAUGGUCAUUCACAACGACGACCAGCUCGCCUAUGCGGACGACAUGCAAGAGCUCACAGCCCUCUGUAUACGUGACUCGCUCCGGCUUCUCGAUGCUGAGGGGCUGCUAGAGCCACCAACAGAUCACCUCAGAAAAUUCCUAGACUGGAUGAGGAGACAGCCCUUGCCCAAGACGGACACUACGGUCGAUUCCCUGCUGACCGUGCUGCGUCCCACAGAUUUGGAGUGUGUGGCACUCGCGUUGCAGCAGGUGCUCAACAAUAUCGUGCCCCUAUUCCGAGGCACCGUGGAUUCGCUCGAAGUGCUCAUGCAAGACGGCAUCCUCACAGAUGUCUACAAGAUGAUCAACUGGAGCAAGCGGCCCCGUCUGUUCCAGGCCCUGGCGCACGCAAAUCCGCGCAUGCGCAUCCUCGAGAUUGGCGCCGGCACUGGUGGGACAACGGAAAUCCUCCUGGGCAACUUCCAAGCCAUGCAGACCUCGCAUUCUCACCGCAUGUAUGGUAGCUACACUUACACUGAUAUCUCUGCGGGGUUCUUUGGCGCUGCGCAGGAGCGGUUCAAGCAGCACGUGGAUAACAUGGAGUUCCGUGUGCUUGAUAUUUCCAAAGAUCCCUGCGAGCAAGGCUUCGAGGAGCACGGAUACGACCUCGUUGUGGCGUCCAAUGUGCUUCACGCCACACCAAGCCUGGUCAGUACACUGCGGAAUGUGCGUCGCCUGCUCAAGCCGGAGGGCCGGCUGUACAUUGAGGAGCUGUCGUCCGAGCACAAACCAUGGAACUACAUCAUGGGCAUCCUGCCAGGCUGGUGGCUGGGCGAAGCUGAUGGGAGGCCCGAUGAACCUUACGUUACACCUGAGCGCUGGGACAUAGAGUUGAGAAAGGCCGGAUUUGGUGGCAUCGAAAACUUUGCGCUCGACUGUCCUGGUGGAAAGCACAGCCACGUCUUCCUCCUGGCCAGGCCGUAUGUCGACUGUGCACGUGCCAAGGACGUUACGGUGAUCUUCAAUGCUGCGUCCGAGCCGCAAGCUACAGUGUUGGAACGAUGUCUUACCUCGGCUGGCUACUCAGUCGCUCUCCACGACUUCGAUGAGACUGGCAACAAUAGCGCACCUGUUGAGAAGGACAUCGUCUCGGUACUGGAUCUGGCAGAGCCCUUCCUGGACGAGAUCUCGCCCGCUCGGCUUAAAGCAUUCCAAGAUCUGAUGCGCGGUGUCUCGAGGUCUGGGACUGGUAUCUUGUGGCUCACCCGCCCGUCUCAGCUGGAAGGGCAGUGCUCUGACCCGCGAUGGGCGCAGAUUCAAGGUGCAGCUCGGACAAUACGCGCCGAGCUAGUCCUUGACCUGGCCACUUGCGAGGUCGAAACCCUCGACGAGAACCUGUGCCCUAUCGUCGAGCGCGUGCUUGGCAAAUUCAUGCGUCGGCGCAACACUGAAAGGGACGAGAGGCUUGACCCAGAGUUUGAGUAUGCCAUUGGCCUCCACGGGAGUGUAUCCGUACCGCGCAUCUACCCUUUCAACAUCGCAGAUGAGCUUAGGGCAGCCACAGCCAGCCUCCCUCUUGCGGAGACAGCUUCGUCAAGGCUAGAAAUCGACAAGCCCGGGCGUCUUAGCACGCUGCAUUGGGUAAGCCUGGACACGGGGAGCCCUGGUGAUGACGAGUUGUUGAUCGAGCCCAGAGCUGUGGGCAUAAAUUUCAGGGACAUCUUGGGCGUGAUGGGCAUCGUCAAUAUCAUUGGGCUAGGCCUAGAACAUGCGGGCAUUGUUCGCGCCGUGGGCUCAAAUGUUGAAGGUGACAUCAAGCUGGGAGACCGGGUCAUGGUAAUGGGCGGCUAUGGCCUUACUUCAAUGGCCAAAGUCUCCAAAUACCAAUGCGUCAAGAUCCCAGAUAGCCUCAGCUUCGUUGACGCCGCGACCAUGGCCACAGUGUUCGCGACUGUCAUCUACGGUCUUCUAGACAUUGGGCGAAUGCGCGGAGGCCAGACGAUUCUCAUCCACUCCGCCUGCGGUGGCGUGGGCCUGGCCGCUCUUCAGAUCGCCCGCAUGGUUGGCGCCGGACAAAUCUACUGUACCGUCUCCAGCGAGGCCAAGAAAAGCUACCUCCAGACGGAACUUGGCAUCCCUCAUGAGAACAUCUUCUACUCGCGCGACGUCUCGUUCCGGGCGAAUCUGAUGCGAGCCACCAACGGAAGGGGCGUCGAUCUGGUACUCAACUCGCUCUCUGGUGAGCUGCUGCACGCCUCCUGGGAGUGCGUGGCCGAGUUUGGCACCAUGGUGGAGAUCGGCAAACGCGAUCUCCUGGGCCAUGGCCGACUGGCACUUGAACCGUUCCUGCUGAACCGGAGCUACCAGUGUGUUGAUCUUUCUCACCUCAUCGAGCAUCGACCCACCGAGGGCCAACGCCUCCUCAAGCUCGUCAUCCAGUACUACCGGGAGGGUUAUAUUGAACCGAUCUCCCCUAUCAUCAUAUUUCCAGUCGAAGAAGUGCGGGAGUGUUUUUUGCAUAUGCAAAAGGGGCAGCACAUUGGCAAAAUCGUUGUGGAUAUGCAGGCCAAGUAUGAAGGAGUGGCGGGUGCCGUUGCAACAUCUGCCAGGCCCUUCACCUUCCAGUUCGACUCGGGCGCUGCCUAUAUUCUCGUCGUCGGACUAGGAGGCCUUGGACGGGCCGUCUCUACGUGGAUGGUAGAAAAUGGCGCCCGCCACCUCAUCUACUUAGGACGCACGGCUGGUGCUUCAGCACAUGAUGUAGCCUUCAUGGAGGAGCUCCGCAGCCAGGGGUGCUCGGUGGCCUCUGUUCCCGGCAGUGUCACGAUCCUGGCUGACGUCGAGCAGGCUGUGGCUGCCGCAGGCACAAGGCCACUCAAAGGCAUCAUCAACAUGUCAAUGGUGCUGCGUGAUCACAAUUUUGCCACCAUGAGCCACGAAGACUGGGAGAGUGCCACAGCGCCUAAAGUCCGCGGAACCUGGAACCUCCACAAAGCCACGGUCAACACCAAACUGGACUUCUUCCUGCUCUUUAGUUCCGUGUCUGCUACAUACGGCCACCGUGGCCAGGCCAACUAUGCCGCAGCAAACACAUUUCUGGAUGCAUUUGUGCGUUAUCGCCACGGUUGUGGCCUGCCCGCUCAAUCCGUUAACGUUGGCAUCAUGCUCGACCACGGCUACGUUGCCGAUAAUGACUCCAUUCGCGAGCGUCUUGUCUCACGCGGCAAUUACGGCAUCCACAUUAGUGAACUACUCGACUCUUUAUCAGCGGUCCUUGCUGCCCCGGUCGGUCCCAAGCUCUCAACUUCAUCCAUCGCAGGCAGCUGCACCACUGCGACGCGGGCGCAACUCGGUCUAGGCAUCCGAUCGACGCUCUCUAUGCGCGACUCCUCCAAUAGGGUCAUAUUUAAGACAGAUCAGCGGAUGGCUGUGUACUGGAACGACGAGGCAGGUGAUACGGCAGCCCAAGGCAGAGUCAAGUCAUCCUCAGCACAGGCAGGCAAGAUCGCAGCGCUCAUCGCAACCGCGAGGAAUGACGAUCCAUCAGUGCUCUCGGCGCCCGAGACAGCAGAAUUCAUGGCUCGGCAGAUUGCUGGGCAGUUACUAGCGCUGCUGCUCCGGCCUUUGGCCGACGACGAAAUUGAGGCCAUCGACGUCUCUAGGCCUCCGCAGGAUUUAGGUCUCGACAGUCUCGUGGCCAUUGAGCUGCGAAGCUGGUGGAAGGCGACGCUCCAGUUCGAUGUUAGUGUGCUCGAGCUGCUGGCCUUACCCACGCUACUUGCGAUAGGCCAGCGUGCCGUUGAUGGCCUGAAAUAA